AUGACGCAUACUUUAAAAGAUAGACCAGACGUGACUUUUGAUAACAAACAAGGAGAGCAAGGAUUUUGUUCUUUUAUAAGAGGUCUUCCACAGAAACCUGAAAAUACCAUUCGAUUGUUUGAAAGGAGUGCUGGGGAAUAUUACAGCAUCCAUGGAGACGAUGCAUUAUACAUUGCACAAAAUGUUUAUAAAACAACUUCCGUUAUUAAAUAUUUGGGUGGAAAUUUUAAGACCGGGGUCCCUAGUUGUGCAUUGUCUCGUCAGAAUUUAGAAACAUUCUUGCGUGAUGCCCUAAUGAAUAAACAAAUGAAGGUCGAAAUAUGGGCUCAAGAACAAAAAAAAGCAAAUUCUUGGAAAAUAAUUCAACAAGCGUCUCCCGGAAACAUACAGGAUCUCGAAGAUUUUCUAUUUUCAAAUGUUGAGAUCACUACAUCGCCUAUGGUGCUCAGCGUUAAAUUGCAGAAUUCAGGUGAUCAGAAAAUUGUUGGAGUAGCUUUUGCAGAUACUACCAUUCGAGAAUUGGGUGUAUCAGAAUUUAUUGACAACGAGCUAUUCUCAAAUUUUGAGUCCUUAUUGAUACAACUCGGCGUGAAGGAAUGUAUAAUUCAGUCAGAUGAAGUUCACAAAGAUUAUGACCUUGCAAAAUUACGAGAGGUGAUCGAUAAAUGUGAUAUUGUUAUUACUGAACUCAAGAAAAGUUAUUUCAAUACUAAGGACAUUGAACAGGAUCUAAAUCGUUUACUGGGAGAUGAAAUAUCUGUGGCUUCUCUGCCCGAAUUUGAAAUGAAACAUGCGAUGGCUGCUUGUGCAAGUAUAAUUAAAUAUUUGUCGCUUUUGACGGAUACAAGCAAUUUCGGAUAUUAUAUUUUACGACAUCAUGAUUUAUCGCAAUAUAUGAAAUUGGAUGCAUCUGCGUUGAGAGCGUUAAAUUUGAUGCCGAGUCAACAUGAUGGUCCCAACAAGAAUGCAAGUUUAUACGGUCUUUUAAAUAAGUGCAAAACUUCUCAAGGAUCAAGAAUGUUAAGCCAAUGGCUCAAACAGCCACUAAUGAACAUAAAAGAAAUUGAGCAAAGACAAACUUUUGUUGAAAUAUUUGUGAGCGACACGGAACUCCGACAAUCUUUAAGAGAAGAGCACCUUAAUAACUUACCUGACCUUCACCGUAUAGCUAAACGUUUUCAACGAGGAAAAGCUACGUUGCAGGAUGUUAUACGUGUAUAUCAGGCGAUUAACAAAUUACCUGGGCUUAUAAGCGCUUUUGAAUCAUUUAAUUCAAUGGAAGACACGCUAAGAGAUCUUAUAGAAGAAAUAUUUCUUAUUAAGCUAAGGGAACACAAUGACCAACUCGAAAAGUUUAAGGAGUUGGUUGAAACAACGGUUGACUUUGAAGCAGCAGAGCAUCACCAUUAUGUGCUCAAGGCUGAUUUUAACGAUGAUCUAAAAGGCUAG